AUGACAGCGUGGAGAAUGUUGAAAAAUCGACUUCCGACAUGUGAUAACUUGAGGAAAAUGAAGAUUCUGCUGAACGAUGAAGAAUCCAAAUGCUUUGAAUGCGGGAUGCAGGAAGAAUCGAUCAAUCAUCUCUUCCUCAUCUGCCCGAAGACGGAUGAGGUGUGGAACGAAGUGCAGAAGUGGUUGGGAGUUGCAACAGUACGCCCAAAUCAUUUUGAAAAACAUCUAGGUACGUUCACUUCUUUUGGAAAAGAAAAGAAGAUUAGAAACCUCCUCUUGGCUAUUUGGGUGGGGUGUAUUUGGAUUCUGUGGAAAAAAAGAAACGAGAGACGUUUUAGUGGUAAAGAGUGGAAUUGCAAAAAUUUUGUUUUGGAGAUCAAGAUUAGACUUUGGUCUUGGAAUAGGAUAUUUGAGAUUGUUGAUGAUGGGAUGGACUUGGAAGUGUGGUGUUCCAAUGACCUGAUUUGUAAACUCCUUUAA